UGUACAGUACCGUACGGUGCGUUACGUGUGCGAGUCAGUGGUUUUUCGAUGAUGCUUUGGUGAUGACGGAAUUUUAACAUUUAAACGUGUUCCAAAACGUUGAAAUAGAUCAAGAAAAUAUCGGCCGAUCAUGAAGUUCAUCGUGUGUAUUAUCUCAACACUGAUACUGCAAGCAUCGGCUUUAAUUUAUGUCCUGGAUAUUAUAGGAGUCCAAUCUCCACCACGGAUAUCCAAACAACCCCUGACAGAUGAACAGUUAUUUCAAGUGGCUCAAGCGAAGAUUAAUGAGAAUGACAAACCAUUUUUAAUUGAAUGUGAAGCAGAAGGAGAACCUGCUCCAAGGUAUCGAUGGAUUAAGAAUGGAAAAAAUUUUGAAUGGCCAGUAUAUGAUGAUCGUAUAUCUCAACAACCUGGUAGAGGUACAUUAGUGAUAUCAAAACCACGAGAUGAAGAUUUGGGUCAAUACCAAUGCUUUGCCGAAAAUGAAUGGGGAAUUGCAACAUCUAAUUCAGUUUUUGUUAGGAAAGCUGAACUGAACUCAUUCAAAGAGCAAAAUUCUAUAAGUCUAGAUGCAAAUGAAGGACAACCAUUUAAAUUAACUUGUCAACCACCAGAUGGUUGGCCAAAACCGAAUGUAUAUUGGUUAAUUCAAGAUACUGCCGGAGGUAUCAAGUCGAUUAAUAAUUCGCGAAUGACUUUAGAUCCUGAAGGAAAUCUUUGGUUCAGCAACGUUACAAGAAACGAUGCCUCUGACGAUUUUUAUUACGUAUGUGCAGCUACAUCUGUAUUUAGAAAUGAAUACAAAUUAGGAAAUAAAGUUGUAUUGCAUGUUAUCUCUUCAGGGAUAUCUGCUAGUCAAAACAAACAUGAUCCUGUUAAACAAUAUGUUAGUAGGAAACAUGAAGUUGCCUUACGCGGUAAAAAAAUUGAAUUAUAUUGCAUAUAUGGUGGAACACCACUGCCACAGAUAGUAUGGAGUAAAAAUGGUGAAGUAAUUAGAACUAAUGAUAGAAUUAUGCAAGGAAAUUAUGGUAAAUCUUUGAUUAUCAAUCAUGUCAAUUUCAAAGACGAAGGAACAUAUACUUGCGAAGCAUCAAACGGGGUAGGUGAUGCAAAAUCGUACUCCAUACAUCUACAAGUAAUGGCGGUACCGUAUUUCACUAUCGAGCCUGAAAUUAUAAAUGCAGCAGAAGAUGAAACUGUUGAAUUUAAGUGUGCAGCUGAUGGAGUACCUGUUCCUGAGAUAAAAUGGAUCUAUAAUGGCAAACCAAUAUCAGAAGCUCCGCCAAAUCCUCGUAGAAAAGUUACACCAAAUUCUAUUGUUAUCGAGAAAUUAACCAAAAAAGACACUGGAAAUUAUGGUUGUAACGCAACGAAUUCAUUGGGUUACGUAUAUAAGGACGUGUAUGUAAAUGUCUUAGCUUUAGAACCCGAAAUUACACAACCUCCCGUUUUUAUCGCUACAGUUGAUGGCAAAACUGUGAGAAUUACCUGCCGUGUAUUUGGAGCACCAAAACCAAGCGUAAAAUGGAUUCGAAACGGACAAGAAUUAACUGGAGGACGAUAUAAAACUUUAGAUUCUGGCGAUUUAGAAAUCGAGAAUGUAAUAUUCUUAGAUGCUGGCAGCUAUACAUGCCACGCGUCCAAUAAAUUUGGAGAUGUAAAAGCCUCUGGUCAGCUAGUAGUAAAAGAGCAUACGAGAAUUACAGAUAAACCGGAGGAUUAUGAAGUUGCUGCAGGUUCUACUGCAACCUUUAGAUGUAACGCUGUUACGGAUUCAAGUUUAACACUUACAAUUGACUGGUUAUCUAACGGCGAACCCAUCGAUUUUGAGAUGGAACCACGAUUCAUACGAAGCACUGAUUACUCUUUAAUGAUCACAAAAACGACUGAGCUAGAUUCUGGUAUUUACACUUGUGUUGCUCAUACAGAGUUGGAUGAAGCAAAGGCACAAGCUACAUUAGUUGUACAAGACGUACCAAACCCGCCAAAAUUAAUUAGUGUAAAGUGUAUGGCAUCUGAAGCUAGUAUACAUUGGACUCCGAUGGGUGAUAAUAGAGCCCCAAUUUUGCGAUAUACUAUUCAACAUAAUACCACUUUCACACCAGAUACAUGGGAAAUAUCAAGAGAUACUGUACCAGCAACUGAACAAACAUAUGUUGUUCCAAUGUCACCUUGGGCUAACUAUACAUUUCGUGUGUUAGCAUGGAAUAAAAUAGGUCCAUCAUUACCCUCAUCGCAUAGUGACGUAUGUACCACAUUGCAAGAUGUUCCCUAUAAAAAUCCUGAUAAUGUUAUGGGUAAAGGAACAACACCACAAAAUCUCGUUAUAUCUUGGACAGUAAUGCCACAAAUCGAACAUAAUGCACCCAAAUUUAUGUACAGAGUAUACUAUAGACGUGAUAUACCAGGAGAAAAAUGGACUAUGGAAGAUAUAACAGAUUGGAAAAAAAAUAGUUUAGUCGUGGACAAUCAACCAACUUAUCAGAAGUAUAAGAUUAAAGUGGUAGCUAUUAAUGAAAGAGGAGAAUGUAAAGUUGCACCUGAUGAGAUAACUGGAUAUUCUGGAGAAGAUGUACCUCUGCAAGCACCAAGCAAUUUUACAUUAAAUCAAGUAAAAUCAAGUACAAGCGCACAAUUCUCAUGGAAUCCAGUUCCUGAGGAGUCUGUACAGGGUGAGUUACAAGGAUAUAAAAUACAAACAUGGACAGAAAAAGAUGGUGAAAAGGGAAUGCGAGAAAUCGAUAUAAGGGGUGGUAAUAGAACCCAUGCAUUGGUUACCAAGUUUGUUCCUUUCAGCAAGAAUUACGUUCGAAUAUUAGCAUACAAUGGACGAUAUGCUGGACCACCUUCUGAAAUUUUAAGUUUUGAUACACCAGAAGGCAUUCCAGGAACAGUCCUCAGUCUCGAGGCGUUCCCGAUGGGUUCUAGCGCUUUAUUUUUAGUAUGGACAAAACCUGCGGAACGAAAUGGUAUUCUAACUGGCUACAGAAUAUAUUAUGAACUCGUAAAUGGAACCAGAUUUGGUCCUCUGCUGGAAAGAAAACCAUUUAUUGGAGACCCAGAAGCCACCAGUGCAAAACUAGCAAUGUUAUCACCCGAUACGAAGUAUCGUGUACACAUCCGAGCAACAACAAAAGUUGGUGAAGGAAAUGACUACUUCAUUGAACAAAAAACGCGCACAUCCCAACGUCCCGAUAUACCUCUAUUUACUUGGGAAACUAUACCAAAAGAAAAUGGAUAUUCGAAUGUAAGAAUUAUCUGGCAGUUGAAUCUCAACGGGAAUCCAGGAAGUCACUUUUUCGUGAAGUACAAACUUAAGGGCGAAACAAUUUUUCUCGAAACUGAACCAGAAUAUUAUUCGAAUACGAUAGAAAUUCGUGGGCUUCAAAGUGGCGAAACUUAUGUGAUGUCUGUCGUCGCUGUUGAUGGUAACUGUUUCACGGAAAGUGAACCGCAGGAAGUAGAAACUAGCAGCGAAGGUCCCAUCAUACAGCCUAAAGAGAAUGUCGCUACUGCUGGAUGGUUUAUAGGAAUGAUGUUAGCAAUUGCCUUCCUCCUUUUGGUACUUAUAAUUGUGUGCGUUAUUAAACGUAACAGAGGUGGAAAGUACGCGGUGCAUGAGAGAGAGUUAGCUGCUGGACGUGGUGAUUAUCCAGAUGAAGGCGGUUUUCAUGAAUAUUCUCAACCUUUAGACACCAAAUCAGCAGGUGGUCGCGCGUCUUUGGCAUCUUCUUCUCACCAAGAUGGAAAACAUCCUGAAUCUGAUACUGAUUCUAUGGCAGAAUAUGGAGAAGGAGAUACAGAAGGUAUGAACGAGGAUGGAUCAUUCAUUGGUCAGUAUGGUCGACAUCGUAAACAAGAACCAAAUUCACAAGCAUUUGCUACUUUAGUUUAAGGUCGUUUCACAGAAGAUGGCUCUUUCAUUGGACAAUAUGGGCCCAAAGGUAGACCGGAAGAAACACCGCCCAUUCCAAGCGGCACUAUGGCUACAUAUGUGUAACCUCUGGUAUUAUCUUAUUCAAGCCGCAUAAAAAUUGUUUUUUUUCUUUGUCAAGGGUAAGGUUUUCAAUCCUUACCAGCCGCAGCAGCUCUGCUAUGCACCUUGCGCUGGGCGCAACGUCCAACACUAUACUGCCAAUUAGACUUUGGUUUUGGGUUUUAUAGUUCAAAUAGAAAGAUAAGUAAAUGUUUCUAUG